UCAAGAUGGCGGCCCCUAUGAGCUAUGUUCUAUGGAGGUUCUGCGGCCCCAGGUGGUCGCGGGCGUUGCGGGGCUGCGGCCUCCCUGUGCUUCAGAGCUCCUGGUCUGGGGGUCCGCUGGGUGCGCGGCUCUUGUCCCAAGAGAAGCGAGCAACGGAAACGCACUUCGGGUUUGAGACCGUGUCGGAGAAGGAGAAGGGGAGCAAAGUCUAUCAAGUGUUUGAAAGUGUGGCCAAGAAAUAUGAUGUGAUGAAUGAUCUGAUGAGUCUUGGCAUCCAUCGUGUUUGGAAGGAUUUGCUGCUCUGGAAGAUGCACCCAUUACCCGGCACCCAGCUGCUCGAUGUUGCUGGAGGUACAGGUGACAUUGCAUUUCGGUUCCUUAAUUAUGUUCAGUCACAGCAUCAGAGAAGACAGAAGAGAAAGUUAAGGGCCCAGCAAAAUUUAUCAUGGGAAGAAAUUGCCAAACAGUACCAGAAUGAUGAAAGGGAUUCCUUGGGUGGUUCCCACGUUGUGGUUUGUGACAUCAACAGGGAGAUGCUAAAGGUUGGAAAGCGGAAAGCCUUUGACCAAGGAUACAAAGCUGGACUUGCUUGGGUGCUGGCAGAUGCUGAAGAACUACCUUUUGAUGACGACAAGUUUGAUGUUUACACCAUUGCCUUUGGGAUCCGGAAUGUCACUCACAUUGAUCAGGCACUUCAGGAAGCCCAUCGGGUCUUAAAGCCAGGAGGACGGUUCCUUUGUUUGGAGUUUAGUCAAGUGAACAAUCCCAUUGUGUCCAGGCUGUAUGAUCUAUAUAGCUUCCAGGUCAUUCCUGUCCUAGGAGAGGUCAUUGCUGGAGACUGGAAGUCCUAUCAGUACCUUGUGGAAAGUAUCCGAAAGUUCCCAUCUCAGGAAGAGUUCAAGGAGAUGAUUGAAGAUGCAGGUUUUCAGAAAGUGACUUACGAAAGUCUAACUUCAGGCAUUGUGGCCAUUCAUUCUGGCUUCAAACUUUAACUUGUUUCCUAUCUGGAGUGUGAACCAGUCAUAUCCUAUUGGAGCCUGGAACUGAAGGAUAAUUUGGCUGAAGAGACAGCAGCUGAGCAAGCACUUCCUCUUAAGGAUAUGAACCUUAGCCAGGCACCAGUGGCUCAAGCCUGUAAUCCUAGCUACUCAGGAGACAGAGGUCAGGAGUAUCAUGGUUCAAAGCCAGCCCACACAAAUAGUUGGUGA